ACUUGGAAAAACUAAACGCCCGCCAGCAGCAAUACAAAGCUUACUUAUCAACUCUGUCCAACCAGACAACCACCUCCCACCAUCAUCACAUAUAGUUCUCUUCAGUUUCCUCUGCCCCUCUCCGGGAUGUUGUCGACAGAGGAGAAUAACUCGAAUUGGAUGUUCGGUUAUGGAUUGCUAGACAGUGUUCCUGUUCCAGGUGGUGAUUUUCCUUCUUUUCAAGCUCAUUUUCAGUGGCACGCCAAUGAUUUUACGGAUACUACUGGACUAAGUCCAGAAUUUGGUGAUUCACUUGGAAGUUCUGAUGCAUUUAAGGAGCAUGGCUCCAGAAAGAGGACGAAGUCUGGAUCGUGCAGCUUAUCCGGCUCCAAAGCAUGUAGAGAGAAAAUGAGAAGAGAUCGAUUAAAUGACAAGUUCCAAGAACUAAGUUCUAUACUGGAACCGGGAAGGACAUCCAAAACCGACAAGGCUAUUAUAUUGAGUGAUUGCAUCCGAAUGGUUAAUCAGUUGAGGGAGGAAGCUAGGAAACUGAAGGAUUCGCAUGAUAUUUUGCAAGAUAAGAUGAAUGAAUUGAAGGCCGAGAAGAAUGAACUCCGAGAUGAGAAGCAGAAGCUGAAGGCAGAGAAGGAGGUACUUGAACAGCAAGUGAAAGGUUUACACACUCAGCCAGGCUUCUUACCCCCUGCAGUAGUUUCUUCUCCAUUUGCAGGCGCUGGACAAUUUUUUGGUGGCAAGAUGGUGCCGUUUAUGGGUUAUCCCGGAGUUCCCAUGUGGCAAUUUACACCCCCUGCUGCAGUCGACACAACGCAUGAUCAUGUACUCCAUUCUCCAGUUGCUUAAGUUUAACCCCUACCAUGGACAUAAAAUUACCCAAAGACAGGAUGAACUAUCUUGCUCUGAAUCUCUUUUUUUUGCCUUUUACUUCUAUGUGUAGCUCCGUAAAAUGUCAUUGGCUAAUUGCUUUUGUAGACUUUGUAGCUAAAACUCAACUGCAAUCCUGUAUAUCAAUGAUUUUGCUCCA